AAAAACGCAAGGCUCAGUCGGUCAUGGUCACUCAGGGCAAGCGGAACACGUCAAAGGUGAACCCGACAAUGCGGUGACGGAGCAUGGGUCCAUAACUGCUGUACAGCCGAGCUUUGAGUCUCAACCUCAGGAUCACAGGCCCCUUUCCAACGCCGGAACCGCUGUUGAGAAUUUGCUUUUUGAUAACUGACGAUUUUUCUCAGACGAUGCCGAUCACCAAAAGCUAAUAACUCAUGCACCGUUCCUAGAUUCUCGGACCUUCUGAGUUCACUUUACUGCUGAUAGUGCACACGCUAGAGAAGACCAACGGGCUCGGGGCACUGGUGGAGCAGCACAGGGCGUCCCAUCGGGAAGAACCCUUUGGCGCCUGCACUCCACAAAUGUCAAUUGAUGAAAAACGUUAGGUCAGUUGGUCUCAAGGCUGGCUAGGCCUUUGAGAAACGAAAGAGGUGGCAGGAAAAGCGAAAGUGAGGCAUUGGGACCAGAAUAGACGAGGGCUGGAAAUACGAAUAAUGGUGCAGGCAUUACUCUUGUGGCGCAGGCUUGAUCACGAUCUUCAGCCAAUUGAUUUGAUCAACAGACAGGGCAGAGUCAGCACUGCAGAGAAGAGAUGGUAGCAAAGGUUUCAUGGCUGAUGACGGUGAUGAUGUGAGCCGAGCUAUUCAAACAGGUACAGGCACACUCUUCCAACUCAAUGGUAGGUUGUUGGAAAAGAAACGGCAUAAUGACGACAAUGUUGGAGCUAAAUCGAUGGGAUCGAGGCACAGUUUUCAGAUACGGCACGGCACGUCACGUUCAGGCACAUUUCGAUCUCACAGCAUGUUGAAAGCUCAGUACUGGUCAUAAGCCAGACCCAAAAGGAAGUCUUCGUUUCAGAAAAAUGCAUUGCUCCAGCCUCCAUCUGUGCGUGCCGCGCUUGGGCGUUGAGGACCAUCAUGGAGGCCAUAUCCCGCGGCAGGUCGUUCACAGGGUCUUCUCUGAAAUAGAAAUCAUGAUCCCUUCAACCUCAGCCACCAUCGGAGGUCCCUUCAAAUGGUCGGGCUGGGAACUGAGUGAACGGGCCCGUCAGAGAUCUUAGGCACCGGCUUACUCGCAUCAUCUAUCAUCUGUGCAUUCGGUCGCUCAAGUGACAAACGUGUCGCGCAGGGAACUCCUGGGCAUACAUAGCCUUGGGUCGUGACAGCGCAUAGCCGGUUACGAAGCGACGCGCCAGCUAGAGCUUUGAUUGAUUGAAUGAUGGACUGGGUUGAGAAUGCAGGGACAAUCGCAUCAGAGUUCACCCCGCCUGCUCUCCUCGAGACAAUUAAGGCCUAAUCUUGAUAACUACCGUUAUCUAUGUACUUGGCCAUUAUGACCGGCUGCAUGAUUCGAGGCUGGUGUACAAUCGUCCGUCAACGGCUUUGAAGACUUGCCGCGUUUCAAGCCGCGGCAUUGAUAACGAGACCAACACCGAGGGAGGCAUCCAAUCUACCGUUCACUGCGUGAGAUAAUCAAAAAGCAACGAGAAGGGAAAUAGAAGGGGAACAUCAAUGGGGACGACAAUCAUUCACGACCGCUGCACUGCGCUGCGAGAUGGAUCGACGCCUAGGUCGUCCAGUCUGUUGGGCCAGGAUAACCUUUCCUUCGAGAAGGUCUGCUAGACAAUUCCACAACACCGGUGAACCCGGAAAUGCUACCGUACGGUACCAUCGUGACAAGCUCGCCUAUAAAUUUGUUGCAGGCAAUCUCCGUUCCCCGGGCGUGUGUCCUUUGCAUUGGGUCGAUCAUGCAGCAUCGUGACAGACAGACGAGUCCAGGAUCGGGAAAUGUGCCCCGAGUAGGAAUUAGCAAUGCACGGUGCAAUCGUGGAUAUGGACACAGAAGAAGAUUGACUUUCACGAGUGCGAGUCUUGGUGUAGCCCAGGGGUUUCAGACAAUGGGGAUGGAUGGAGUGAAGUGGUACCUGGACGUUUGGUACCUGCAGCAGCUUUCUGGAAAGUACCGAAUGGAAGGGCCACUCACCCACAAUUAGGCAUGAAAAAGAACCCGUGCGGACUACACUGUACCUGGCAGGCGGAUGUUUGGUAAUUAACGGCCAGUGUGAAAUUGGCCGGGCCCUGUCGAGUUACGGUCCGGCGGCUGGCCCCUGGCAGACGGCCCCACACCCCGGACGUUGGCUCGAGGACCGGUGGGAUGGGAUGGAUCAGCAUGAGACUGAGAAAAGAAGCACCCAAUCUUGGUCGCGAAAGGAUCAAUCGCAUGGAUAAUGAAAUUCUCGAGUCUUCUCAGACCCUUGAUCGAACAUUUCUCGGCAUACUGAACACUCUCUGAUCUUAUGCCAGCCAGACAAUAGAUCGGGACUACCCUGAUGCACAAUGACACCAUGUGUAUCGAUCAUAAUGCACAAACAGAGGCUGGAGUGGUUUCCAGGAACCACUUUAGGGCUCACAAGUUGAGAUGAUCGACCGUGAAAGGCUUAAAGAUGGGACAGAACAGAACCUUCAGCUCUAACGGCUAAAAACCCGGGUGGCGUCUUAUGCCCAGUUAUGCCCAGAAUGGCGCUGCAUAAUUCGCACUACCAACGGACUUGUACACGUGUGUGACAAGGGCCUGGACGUUUCGGAAAAAGCUGUUCCUUGUUUCCAUCACAUCAACCUCUUGACGCUGCAUUGCUUACCCUCUUGUCACAGCUUCAGCAAAGCCCUUUGUCAUUCCCAAGCGUGUUAAGUGAUUCCCCAGCGUGUUUCGUCACUUCAACGGUCACAAUGCCCCUCGUCGAUAUUCCCCUCUCCUAUCCCCUCCCCCUUUUCUUUUUGCCCUCCAGGCCCCUGUGAGCAUUAAUCCCAGGGCACGUCCCAGCGGAAGGAAAAGCACCCAAGGCUAGGCUGGCUGUUUGAUUAAUGCCCCCCCGGCUGUUGGACGACGGCCUCCCGCACGUACCAAUUAACCCACGAGGGCCCUGAGGUAGGAGCCUAAGGUUUGGGGAUGAACGAGGGGCAAAGUCCAGAGGCCAUUUCAUGCGACCCCGAGACAGCGCCAGGACGUGAGAGGGCCUUCUGUAGGCUCUUACGGAUGGAAUUUGACAAGAGCGCCACUUAAGUAGUUGGAGAUUAGGUAUGAACCUGGAUGCUCGAUACGAGUUGGAGGCUCUUGCAGGAAAGACCUGCUUGACUGCGCCAUUCAUCUGAACUAUUGAUAGAUAAGUUGCGGUUGUGCAACGGCCAAUCUUCGAUAUGCAACCCAGGGUGCUGUGGCGCGAGGCCACGAGAAUCGGCCGAGGCUGAGGCGGCAGAGCAAGCGCGUGUAGCGAGUAAGAAAACGCGUCUGCUCCAAAACCCACGCGUCUGGCGUUCUAACCGUGUGCCAAUUUCACCAUUUUGCUUGGCUCACUGAAAGCCAAAUUACAGCCUGUGGGGAAACACAGCAUUGUGAUACCAAUAAAUUGUUCACCCGCGCCGUUAAUCUUUGUUCGGGUUCGAGGCAUGAGAGCGGUGGUUCUGGGUGACAAGACAGGCUGGAUUGCUCAUCUCCCAGGGCCUAUCAAUCGUGAUCUACUGCCGCGGUUGGUAACGUCUUUGGGCCCUUGGGGUUACUGUCACAAAUUGCGACAAUUUGCAGCUCGGAGAGCCAUGCCCCAAAAAAGAAAUAAAACACGGG